AUGGCGCCAUCUUCGGAAGAGGGCGUUCGCCUUGAAAACAUCACUGCCCAAAGAGACAAAAGUAAUACGGACAUCGACAUUGUUGCGAUUCACGGCUUAGACACAAAAUCUCCAAAUACCUGGACGUUCAAGUCCAAGGACGGCAAGCCAGAUGUCAACUGGUUGGCAGAUUCAGACAUGCUCCCGAGCCAGAUGGACAGAGCACGCAUCUUGACAUGCGACUGGCCGGCAAGCCUAUUUCAACCGUCCGCGCUGACCUCCAAGACCGUGGGAGACUAUACAAGGCCUCUUUUGGCGGGCAUUAAGCGAGAGCUCUUGGAAGACGAUCAUUUCGAAAGGGAACCGCGACCCAUCCUUUUCAUUGCGUCAUGCCUCGGCGGCGUCAUUCUAAGCGCCGCUCUCGUUAAAGCGGCCAGCGCCGAUAGCGACUACCAUCGCAUUUUCCGAGCCACUCGGGGUAUUGUUUUCUUGGCUACGCCAUUCCGAGCGACCUCAUUUAAAGAUGUCGCCGACUGGGCCGAGGUUGCGCUGCGGUUCCACGCCUCGUGUACAGAUCAGAAAUUGACCACGCUCAUGGUCCACGCGAAAGAAACCGAUCCCGUAAUAAUCGAAGAAUUCACCAGAUUAUAUAGGGGGAAAGAGAACCCAUUGGAGCUGGUCAGCUUCUGUGAAGGCAAAACAACGAGCCUAACAAAAAAGGUAGUUUCUUGGCUGUCGCUGCCGCGUCAGCUGUGCCAAGAAAAGCUGUUGGUGGACGAAGGCUCAGCGCACCUGGACAUAGUUACAAAUCGACUACGCCUGGAUAGAUGCCAUUCUCUGAUGAACAAGUUCUCCGGUCCUGAUUGUGCUGAUUACCGGACGGUUGCUGGCGAAAUAAAAGCCGCAGCUGCAAAUAUACUACGAGGAACACUACUGAACCAGGCUGAUGACUAUAUCCGGACCAACUGCUACCCGGAAGCCACGCAAAUUACUCGUCUUUCAGGUGCCCCGCUGCCAAUGGAUCAGUGCUACAUAAACCUCACCCUGGUAGAAGCUGACCGGGCCGGUGAAGUGGUGAAACACAAUUCAUUGGAUACGGCACCACACAAAAGGCACGAAAGGGAAAUGGUCAUGGAAGUCAGUUUGUCGACGUUGUUCAACGACCGAAACGGUAAACUGCCACGCAGGAUCAUGAUUCGAGGCAGCGCGGGAGUUGGAAAGACAACAUUGUGCAAGAAGAUAGUCUACGACUUCCAUUAUGGGACAUCCACAGAAUUGCACCGCCUGUGGACGAAACUCUUCGACCGUGUUCUCUGGAUACCUCUAAGAAACCUCAAAGAAGAAUUGGUACUCAGCUUCAACAAGUUGCUUUUUUAUGAGUUCUUUUCUAUCCCGCAGGAACGACAAGACCUUGCAAAUCAUGUAGCGGACUUGUUGCCUAUGAUCAGCAGCAGGACGCUUUUUCUUCUCGAUGGCCUGGAUGAAAUCUUGCCCGACCUUCAUGUUGGAGAGAAGAGGUUUAAAUUUCUUGAGGUACUACUGGGCCAGAACAAUGUGAUAAUCACAUCACGGCCGUCCGCCAACCUGCCUGACCUGCUUAGACCAUGUGACCUCGUGCUCGAAACGAUCGGAUUCUACCCUUUACAAGUGAAGGAAUAUAUUCAACAAACCUUUAGCCGUCUCAGCAGUUCAUCAGGCACUCUUGUGCGAAUCCCAAUUCUGCUGGAUGCUCUGUGCUAUACUUGGGAUGAACGACGAGACGCAGACCGAGCCGGCCCUCCAGCUACCAUGACUGAAAUAUAUUCAGCCCUGGAAAUAAAGUUGUGGAGGAAGGACGCAGUCAAAAUGGGCAAGAGGGCUAGAGGUACACCAGUCACAGCCUCUGAUGUUGCUACGGGCGUCACUGGCCUCAUAUCUGAUGAGAGACAAUUUCUUGAGCUCCUCGCAUUUUCUGGACUUGAUGCAAACAAGAUUGUAUUUUCUUCCGUUGAUUGGGAGCACAUCGCGUCUCGUUUAAAUUGUCGAGAAUUCUUGCCUAGUAGGCAGCUUCUUCAAAUAUCUUUCCUACGCACAACGAACCGAAACCGAGAAUCCGGACCCUGCCACUUCAUUCACCUGACGUUUCAAGAAUACUUUGCAGCCCGGUACUUUGUGAGGAAAUGGACGGCCCCGGACGCGCAGCUAGAGCUGCUUGGACGCGGCCGCGCCAACACGAUGUUGGUCAACCCCAAAGAAUACAUACGCAAACACAAAUACACGCGACGCUACCUCAUCUUCUGGCGUUUUGUUGCCGGACUGCUUGACCAAGAAUACCAGGCGUCAUUGGUCGGCUUCAUCCACACUAUCGAGCAAGAACCACUUGACCUCCUGGGUCAUGCACACCAUGAGCUGCUUAUGUAUUGCUUGAGCGAUAUUUCGGAUGCAUCAGAAAUGCGGCGACGCUUGGAAUAUAGGCUUACCCAGUGGCUUCUAUUUGAUGAUAGGCAGCGCGACCGCGUCGAAGAAGCUCUAGAUGCGUAUUCGAGCUUUUUCGAACGGUUUAGGCCGGGGAUAGACAGUCAAGCUGAGUUUCCCGAAAGAGUCCUGAAUUCUGCCAUACAACAAAGCGCGCCGGGAAGUAGUUUUCGAGACAACCACCCUGACUACAGCCUCGCCUUGAGUACCUUGCGUAGGCAGCCUCGUUUGCCAGACGCCGUCCUUACUACCGUGGUAAUGCAUCUCUCUGACGACGAAGACAGCGUACGCAAUGACGCAGCUCGGAUCCUGUGCUCUCAGGAAUAUUUGCCCUACGAAAUCUUUGAUGCGAUAGCGAAGCACCUGGACGGUCACUAUUUGGACGUGUGUAGUGCGCUCCAGGCUUUGAGCGACAGAAGGACUUUACCGGACCAAGUUGUAUCAAGAGUUGCCAUGUGUAUGACGCAUGAGAACGAAGAAAUCCGCGAAGACAGUAUUAAUACCUUGAAAUGCCUGGAUCCCGCACCUCUUGCGAUUCUGGCGGCGAUGGAGGCGCACCUGGACGAUACUGCCGUGGAAGUCUGCCAGGCGGCCUUCUUUGCUCUCUGUGCACGAUCAUGCCUACCUCAGGAAAUUGCUGAACGCGUCGCGGCAAGGUUUAACCAUGAGGACCCGCCCUUCGUAUCCAUGGGUCCCUAUUAUGACAGUGGGUGGGAAUGCCUGCCUCCCAACCUUCUUGCAGCGAUACUGGAGCGGCUUGAUUUUGGUGAAUGGAUAAUGUGGACUGGCACAUUCGAAAUGUUAGCCAGCCAGCCAGCAUUGCCCCCAGGGGUUCUAUAUGGUAUAGCCUUGGGGCUUCAUCACGAUGACGAUAAUGUUCGUGGCCAGGCCAUCAGCAUUCUAGAUAUGGCACCGAGUUUGCCAGAAGACUUACUUCUGAAAGUAGCAGCACGGCUCCACGACAAGGACGAUGAGGUGCGUUCCAUCGCUUUUCGCGCUCUAGUCCGGCGCUCAGACUUGUCAGAGCAUGUCAACAGAGAGUUGACGGCCGCGCUUAAUGAUGAAACGUACUGCGUACGCGCGGCCAUUGCUGAGAAACUACCCAAAGAGCUUCCCUUGCCUCGAGCAAUUGUGCAGGGAAUAGCCAGCCAUCUUGGUGAUAUUGAGCCCAUGCUGCGGCUGAAGGCUAUGACUGUACUAAGCCGGCAAAAAGAACUACCGCCUAAGAUUUUGGCAGCCAUAAAAGCAAAUCUCAGAGAUCAGGAGUAUUGGAUCCGACAAGCCGCCGUGGAAGCAGUAUUUCGCAUAACAUCACCAGUCUCACCUACCGACAGCGAAUUCUUCAGUCUCGUUCGGAAGAGCCUGCACGACGAGUCCAGCCAUGUGAGACACACUUCGUUCAUGUUAUUGUGCACGCUCCCGAAGGUCCCUGAGGACAUGCUUGAAGAGAUCGUCGCAACGUUUGUUGAGAAUGACCCACCUGUGGCACAAACCGCCCUUCGUUACCUAUGCAGCCAGCCUGUCUUGCCCGAGAGGGUGCUUUCGAUGCUCUCGGUUAAGAUCUGUUAUUUUUGCGAUGUCUAUGACGUGACGCCCCUGAGACAUCUGGCCUUGAUUACUCAUUUAAGCUUUUACAUCAACGACGGCGAAUUUUGCUUUAAUAUUGACGACGGCAUCAAGAGGUUUCCCAUUAGUGUAAAUCCCAAUGUCUUGCAAGAUGUUCGGCCCGAUUGGUCACCAGCUAUUAACGAGACACACUGCGAUGUCGCCAACAUCCAUCAGAUUGCGGAUCAGCAGUUUGUAGACCAGCUGGUAAAUAAGCUCACGCAGAGUGCAAGCGGAAUGUACGGGACCCUACUGCGGGCUGCCCGCGGAUAUGAUUCGAAUGUUGAUCGCAUCACAGUAUUAAACGAGCCGACUAUUGGUGAAAUGGAAGACAAGCUCGAGCAGCUUACCGACGCCUUGAUCGACGCUUUCGACGACACUCUGUCCCGCAUCCAGCGCCUGCCAGGGAGUCGAAGCCGGCUGGCCCUGUCGGCACUUAUGCAUCUCGCGCACGCCAAGCGGCUCUUCCAGGCCGCCGAGCUCAGCGACGUUCUGGCGCUCCGCCCGGGCAGUACCUCAGUCAACGCCAAGUAUCGACCCACGGCCAAGAUGAUCCUCGACUGCUGCCAGGGCCUCGCUAUGCUGGAUGAGCACACCGGCCAACUGCGCCUUGCGCACUACUCUAUACAGGAGUACCUCGUCGCCGCGUCCGACACGCUAUUUCCCCAGUGUGAGGUCCGGCUGGCGCUGGACUGCCUCAGCUAUCUGCUGCUCGAUGACUUCAAGUCGGGACCGCUGCAUACCCGCGCCGAGAUUGCCACGCGUGUUGCAGCGUACCCGUUCGUCUCCUACGCCUCCGCGUUCUGGGGUCGCUACGCGCAGCCGGUCGAGACCGACGCCGCAGUGUGGGACGCGCUGCUUCUCUUCUACAAGUCAGUACGUGCCACCGCCGCCGCGACGCAGGUUCUGUAUUACCAGAAGGGCUACCACGAGGGCUACUAUGGCGUGCGUGAGUCCGUCAGCACCUCACCCCUGCACCAUGCCGCCAUGAACUGUUUGACGCACUCCAUUCACACCCUUCUACCGCACUUUGACGUAGACGAGGCCACCGCCAUGGGCACCACACCCCUCAUCAAGGCGGCCAGCAGCGGGCACGUCGCCGUCGUGGCGCUGCUCCUCGCGCGUGGCGCGGACCCCCACCGCUGCAACUGGUACGGCGACGCGCUGCAGUGCGCGGCCGAGGCGGGCGAGUGCGCGACGGUCCGGCAGCUGGUGGACUGGGGCAUGAGCCCGGAGGGGGGGCAGGACGGUGAGAAUGGCGAACGUGGCCGAGCGCCGCUGAGCUGCGCGCUCGACAGGGACCGCGCGCACACGAUCGAGACGCUGGUGGACCUCGGUGCGGACCUACACCUAGAGUCGGACGAUGAGCGUGAGAAUGUAUUCUUGGAGGCAUGCAGUAGGAAUGGCGAGAAGACGGUGGAUGUGUUGAUAAGUCGUGGGUGGGUGGAUGUGCGCGCGGGUGGCCAUCAUAUGGUGCAGGCGCUGCGCGUGGCGACACUGCCGAUGCUGCGGCACUUGAUCGCAGCUGGGGCGGAUGUAAAUGCGGUGGACAAGGAUGGCCGUACAGCGCUGUGGUAUGCGAAGCAGGAGGAUGACGAGAAGGCGAUUCGCAUCCUAGAGGAGGCGGGGGCAACACUAGGCGGAGAUGAGCAAUCGAUGAAUGUGGAGGGUCGUAUUCCGGACUUGAAUGGUAGAGAUGAGUCUAAGAACGAUGCGUCGGCCGGAGAAGUAGAAAACCACGAGGUUGUGGCGGCAGGAGAAGCAGCAGGCCACCCGCCAUUGCCCAUCCAGAGCCAAGGCCAGAUUCAGGGCAACACAGAGGAGCCACAAACACCAGAACACGAUCCGGGACUUCAUGACGACAAGCACCCAUGUCCAUUCGGCAGCUGUGGCUGGGGUCCGGGGACCAAGACGCUCCGGGACCGCCACAUCACGGAGCGGCACGAAAAGGGUGGCGUUGAUGGCAAGUUCUUUUGCUCCGUCGACAGCUGCGAGUACUCACCGAGCGGCGGCAAGACAUUUCCGCGAAAAGACAGCUGGCACCAACACAUGGUUGAGACACAUAGAGCCGGGUAG